CGCUCCGCACCCACCGCCCCGGCCGCGCCGACACCGGCACCGACACCGACACCGCCGCGGGGAGGCUUCUUCAUGGGCUGCCACCAUGCUUGGGCCCUGGAGAUUUCGGGCGAAGCUAGUUUUGCAGAACAUUGGGAAUAAGCGCUAUGUCAGAUAUGGAUGAGACUCCGAAGAUGAUCUGCAUGUUUUACAUUUUUCACAAAUUUUGGGAAAUAAAAUGUAUGCUUGCUGCUCUACAGUAACUUUGGAACAGGACCUCAACAAAAAAAUGCAUAUCUGGAUGCUGCAGACGAUCGCGUUUGCUUUAACAUCGCUAGUCCUUUCGUGGGCAGAAAGCAUCGAGUAUUAUGGGGAAAUCUGUGAUAAUGCAUGUCCUUGUGAGGAGAAGGACAGCAUCUUAACAGUGAGCUGUGAAAACAGAGGGAUCAUCAGCCUUUUUGAGAUCAGUCCACCAAGGUUCCCUGUCUACCAUCUCUUGUUGUCUGGGAACCUUCUGAACAGGCUGUACCCAAACCAGUUUGUCAAUUACACAGGGGCUUCGAUUUUGCAUCUGGGGAGCAAUGACAUACAAGACAUCGAAACUGGGGCCUUUCGUGGUCUGAGAGGUUUAAGGAGGCUGCACUUGAACAAUAACAAGUUGGAACUUCUACGGGAUGACACCUUCCUUGGGCUAGAGAGUUUGGAAUACCUACAGGUCGAUUAUAAUUAUAUUAGCAUCAUUGAACCGAAUGCCUUCAGCAAACUGCAUUUGCUGCAGGUGCUGAUUCUCAAUGAUAACCUCCUCUCCAGUUUGCCCAACAACCUUUUCCGUUUUGUGCCCUUAACUCACCUGGACCUGAGGGGUAACCGGCUGAAGCUGCUGCCCUAUAUGGGCCUCUUGCAGCAUAUGGAUAAAGUGGUGGAGCUGCAGCUGGAGGAAAAUCCCUGGAAUUGCUCUUGUGAGUUGAUUGCUCUAAAGGAUUGGCUGGACAGUAUCUCAUACUCUGCUCUGGUGGGAGAUGUAGUUUGUGAGACCCCUUUCCGCUUACAUGGUCGAGACUUGGAUGAAGUCUCCAAGCAGGAGCUUUGCCCCAGGAGGCUCAUCUCUGAUUAUGAAAUGAGACCUCAGACACCACUGAGCACCACAGGGUAUUUCCACACAACCCCAGCCUCGGUCAACUCCGUGGCUACUUCUUCUUCAGCUGUUUACAAAUCUCCCUUGAAGCCCCCCAAAGGGACCCGCCAACCCAACAAGCCAAGGGUGCGCCCCACCUCCCGCUUGCCCUCAAAAGACCUGGGAUACAGCAACUAUGGCCCCAGCAUUGCCUACCAGACCAAAUCCCCGGUGCCUUUGGAGUGCCCCACUGCCUGCACUUGCAACCUGCAGAUUUCUGACCUGGGCCUCAAUGUCAAUUGUCAGGAGAGGAAGAUUGAGAGCAUUUCUGAACUGCAGCCCAAACCCUAUAAUCCUAAGAAGAUGUAUCUGACGGAAAACUACAUUGCGCUGGUCCGCAGGGCAGAUUUUGUGGAUGCCACUGGGCUGGAUUUGCUGCAUCUGGGCAAUAAUCGGAUCUCGGUCAUUCAGGACCGGGCUUUUGGGGAUUUAACUAAUUUGCGAAGGCUGUACCUGAAUGGGAACCGGAUCGAGCGGCUCAGCCCAGAGCUCUUCUAUGGGCUGCAAAGCCUGCAGUACCUCUUCCUGCAGUACAAUGUCAUCCGGGAGAUAGAGGCAGGCACCUUUGAAUCUGUCCCCAACCUUCAGCUCUUGUUUUUGAAUAACAAUCUGCUGAGGUCUUUGCCAGGGAACAUUUUUUCUGGUCUCUCUCUCUACAGGCUGAGCCUGCGGAGCAACCACUUCUCCUACCUGCCAGUGAGCGGGGUGCUGGACCAGCUGAAAUCCCUGCUGCAGAUCGACCUGCACGAGAACCCUUGGGACUGCACCUGCGACGUGGUGGGCAUGAAGCUGUGGCUGGAGCAGCUCAACACCGGUGUCCUGGUGGACCAGGUUAUCUGCGAGUCCCCUAAGAAGUUUGCCCAGAGCGACAUGCGGGCCGUCCGGGCGGAGCUGCUGUGCCCCGACUACUCGGAUAUCGUCGUCUCCACGCCCACGCCGUCCCCGGGCCAGCUGCCGGCCAGGACCACCCCCUCCUCCUCCACCGUGCGCCUCAAUGGCACGGCGGCGGCGGGCGGCUCGGCGUCCGCGGGCGGCGCCGGCGGCGGCAGCUCCUCGGUGCCGCUCUCGGUGCUGAUCCUCAGCCUGCUUCUGGUCUUCAUCAUGUCCGUCUUCGUGGCGGCAGGGCUCUUCGUCCUGGUGAUGAAGCGGCGCAAGAAGGGCCAGGGCGACCACGCCAGCGCCAACAACUCCGACGUGAGCUCCUUCAACAUGCAGUACAGCGUCUACAGCGGCGGCCACCACCACCACCACCACCCGCACCUGCAGCAGCACCCGCCCCACCGCCGGCGGGGCGGCGGCGGCGGGGGCGCGGCGCUGCCCAAGGUGAAGACCCCCGCCGGCCACGUCUACGAGUACAUCCCGCACCCCCUGGGCCACAUGUGCAAAAACCCCAUCUACCGCUCCCGGGAGGGCAACUCGGGCGAGGAUUACAAAGACCUUCACGAGCUCAAGGUCACCUACAGCAGCCACCCCCUGUCGCCCGGGGGGGGCGCGCCGCCGCCCCCGCCGCCCCCACCGCCGCCGGCGCCCGGCGGGGAGGACGCGCCCGGGCGCAGCCCCGCGUACAGCGUGAGCACCAUCGAGCCGCGGGAGGAGCUGCUCUCCCCGGUGCAAGACGCCGAUCGCUUUUACAGGGGCAUUUUGGAGCCCGACAAACACUCCUCCUCCACGCUGGGCACUCCCAGCUCCACCCUCCCCGACUACCCCAAGCUCCCCGCCGCCUACACCUACUCCCCUAACUAUGACCUUAGGCGUGCCCACCAGUACUUGCACCCGGGGCCGGGGGACAGCAGGCUCCGGGAGACGGUGCUUUACAGCCCCCCGAGUACUGUCUAUGUAGAGCCCAACAGGAACGAGUACCUGGAGCUAAAAGCAAAACUAAACGCAGAGCCGGACUACCUCGAAGUGCUGGAAAAACAGACCACAUUUAGCCAGUUCUGAGAAACAGCCCCCCUCCCCGUCCCCUCGCCAGUCUCAGCAGCUCCUUCUCUAGAGUAUUUGUAUUUAACAACCACACGCAAAACAAAGAAACGUAAAUGCUGACCUCCCACCUCGCCCCCAUCCUUUUUUCCCCCCUCUAAUUCAUUUUAUUGUAGGGUGAAGUGCCUUGGCACAGGACUUUUCAGCUUCGGGGAAUGAUUCUGAAAGGGUGUGCUGUUCUGUUUAGUUUAUUCUUUUUUCUUUUACUGUAUUUGGAAGUCGGAAACCACCUGUUUUGUAAAAUGGGCACAACACUGGCGUUGUGCGGGUGCCCACGUGUGCUUGGGGAAGGUGGCAGGAGGUUCUUGUCAGGUCAUGUUCAGGUCACAAGUACAAAAGUCAUGAUCACUAUUUUUUUUUUUUUUUUUUAACAGACAUUGUUUAUUUUGGGUUUAUUUCUGGUUGAAGAGUACAGCGCACAUUUUCCCCUUUUAGCCAUGGGUGAGUCUAAAUGGCUUUUUUGGAGAGAUUAGCACACCCCGACUUUAAUACAAGGUUUCCUUUUUAUAAGGAUGUGUUUGUAUACUUUCUGGACUUUUGAAUUCAAAAAUAUAUUACGAUCUUUAAAAGGAUCACUGUAGAUGUGGACAAAUCAUUAAAGAGUGCAGAGAUAUAUGAUCGAUAACUGGUUAGUGAAAAUAAUUUAUUGAUGAAAUAUAAAAAAAUAUUUUAUUGUAGCACCUAUUUUUAUAUACACAUUAGCAUUUCUCUUUCCUUCACUAUUUUAAGGCCUAAUCCUGCAAAUUCUUAACUCACUUGAGUAUCUCUACUUGUGAAAGAAGUCCCAGCUUAGGCCUUCAUCCUGCAGGCACUUAAGCACAUGAACAACUUUACUAAUGAGUGUGGUUUUCUAGACUCACUCAUUGAGCAAAGUUAGUCAAAAGCCCAAAAAAUUAGGAUAGAGGAUGCAGAACUAUUCUUACAAGUAAAACUACUGGAAUGUUUAAAUGUUUUUCGUUUUGUUUGUUUGUUUUUUUUUAAUUCAGGACGAGGUCCAAAGUCUCUGUAUUCCUUUAAAGUAUUGCACUACACUGAGAGCUUUUUUCCAAAUCUGAUGUAGAAUCAAAAGGACCUUUUAAAUCAUUAGAUAUAAUGCCAGUUAUGACCAAAUCUUAACAGACAAUCUAAGACAUGAAAUCCAAUCACAGUAGAAAAAAAUCAUGUUUCUAUUUAAAAAUGUACCUUUUAGCAACCUCCUGCUUAGGAGUAUGGUUGGGCAAACUAGUGAGGGACAUGUAGAAGGCAUUCAUUUUAUCAAGAAAAAAAGUGUUUCAUUUUUGAUUUGUCAGUUUCAAUUUCUUUUUCAUUUUUUUCUUUUGUAUUAGUUAACCAAAAUAUAAUGAUUUUGCAACUGUUGUAGCCAGUUUCUGAUUGUUUAGUCAAGUACAAUUGCACUUGUACAGAUCCACAUGUUUACUGGCAUCCUGAAAGACCAAAUGGUGGACUGUACACGUCUAUAUAAAAUGUCUUUACCCCUUUGGGCAGCAGGCAAUGGCAAGGAUAUUCAUAAACACAGCAUCACUGUAAGAGGGGACAACUGAUGUCUCAUAUGUAUCCCAGCACAUGUGAUUUUUUAAUAGUUUCUGAAUAAACACUUGGUAAAUAUUUCAAAUGUAAUAUCCUGAAGUAAUGAGUAUCUGAACUUUAAAAUUUCUUGCCAAAAUAAUCUGUUUUUACAUUUGAUUCUCUUUACUAGCAGUUAUGGCUCAUCAAAAAGAUUUAAUGUUUCUAGGCAAAACAUAAUGUGUUCUCUGUUUUCAAAAUAUGACGUGGUAAUUACCAGCAUAUGUAACAUGGGUCAGAAAGCAACACAGGUGAUUCAACAAUAUAUUGAAUAGGAUAGCUCACAUUUUGUCUCCUUACUGAAGCGUUUAAUAUAUGGAACAGGGUAAGUCAUAUUUCACAUGUGGGGUUUUUUUCCUUCAUUAGGUUAUUAGAUUUUAUAUUGUUUGCAGAGUUGUUCACUAGUAAAUCUUUUAUUGCAAAAGGGCUCUGUUAUAUUCUGCUUUUCUUACCCAUGUACAAUCUGUCACUUUCUGCAAAAACAAAGCUGGUAUAUAACUGGUCUGUUUGAAUUCAAGAUAAAUGUUUUCUUGGCAUGUGUUCUUCUCUCUAUGCCACCCACAUUGAGCAAAAGCAAAAAAAAAAAAAAAACCCAACAAAAAACAAACCAACCAGCAAGCAUGACUGUAUUUAGCUUGGACAGUUUAGUACGUGGAGUGCUAUUUCAGUUUGAAAUGCAGAGAUGAGGAGUGUUCUUCUGUCACAAGAGACACAACACAUGGCUAUUCUGUUCACUACUCGCCAUCUCCUGCAGACUUCUAUUGACACUACUGAGAGAUGUGUGUGUUAUUGCCUGAGGUGCAGUUUUGGAGCCCUAAUUUUCAAUUACUGCCUUUAUAACCAUUGCUGAAACCAGUGGUCUGGUUCUCCCAUUUAAACUCAGUAGAGGUACACUGUUGUUAAAUGGGUAUAAGUAAGAAAAUUUUCAGCCUUGCUGACUGUGUCAGAGAGAAGUUAGCUUAGUAGGGAUUGAAUGAGAAGUUCCUGCAAACUUUGUCUGUUCAUAUGCAUAUAUAUCUUUUCUGUGAGAUUCUAAAUUCAUAAACAUGAGUUUGUAUAGGUGUCAAUACAAACAUAGGAUUAGGUCCUUAAUGUGAAAGGUACAUUUUGCAUGGCAUGCUGCCACAAAGAGGCAGCAUCCACAAAUGAGUAAAUGAGCAGGAAUUGCCUUGGAUUUGUGAUAGUUGAAAGAAAUGUCUUGGCUUUCUGUUUAUGCUUACAUUCUGAUGUUGCCAUUUCUGAGGUUAGUAUUACUGCUGCUUCCAUGUGUUCCACAUGCGUUUAAUAUUUGGUAAUGAAGAAUUUUUCUAAUGGUCUACACUACAAUCAGAACAAUGAAUUUAAAUCUUUUCAGCUUCCUGUCUUCAGUAGAAAGAAAAUAUUAUUGCUUCCGUUACUGUAGAGAGAACUUAAAUUACAUCAGUUACUGACAGAGAGUGCAUUCCUGAAGAUAAACCCUUGGAAAAGGAUACAGAGUGAAAAAUAAUAUUCUUUAGUCUGUUAACAUCCUGAAGCGUAUCUGAAAGGGCUAUUUGUGAAUGAGGACUUCAAUGGAAGUAGAAAUUCCCAUGCAGUGGCUACAAGGAUAUAUCCUCUUUGUAUAAAUAUUGUAAGGAAGAGUAGACAUAGGUAAUAGGAAUAGACAUAGACAAAGGGAGACAUGCCUCUGAUUUGAAAAUAGGAUAAUUUGUUUGAAGAAAAAAUGUUUAUGUAGGAGUAUGACCUUUGUUUUGUUAGCAAGAUCAGUGAAACCUUCUGCAUGAUGAUCUGCUGAGUUAGUGCUGACCAAAGGAGUAAUACUGCAGGACAAAAAAAUCGACACUAUUUUGAGAAUUCUGUAUAUUAUUUUAGGUUGGUUAGGUUGGUAAUUAAAGUGGUUUAGAUUGGUAAUUAAAGUGACUUUCCCCCUCUUUAUUUUUGUGUCCUGUGACAAGUAAUAUUGAGUGUGCUGAAUCACUCAUGGCCUCACAUUUUAUUUCCAAAGUGCAUGAAAUUCUGUGAUAAAAGAACAAAAAAAGGUGGAAGAGAAUCCUGUUUUCUCAGUGUAAUUACUGGAAAAAACCCAUACAUUCUUACCAGGUAAAAGAAAUAUUUUUUACUUUUUUUUCCCAUAUCAAGCCAAUUCAGUGUCUUAAAUACAAAAGGUGAGUUUCCUCUUUCCUCUUCCUCUUCCUUUGCCUUAGUUCUUCCUUUCCCUUUCCUCUUCCUUUCCCUUUCCUCUUCCUUUCCCUUUCCUCUUCCUUUCCUUUUCCCUUUCCCAAAGCUUCCCAAACCUUCCCUUCCUUCUUCCCCUUUCCCCUCCCUUCCCUCUUCCUCUUUACCCUUCCUCUUUUGCUUUCCCCUUUCUUCUUCCCUUUUUCCCUUCCCCUUUCCCCCUUCCCUUUCCCCUUUCCCAUUUCCUCUUCCCUUUCCCCUUCCCCUUCCUCAUCCCCUUUCCCUCCCAUCCCUCCCCUCUCUUCUCCUUCAACUACUUAAUCCCAGAAGAUAUACCCUAUAAUUCAUAGGCAUUCUUACACACUUCUUGAAACACCAGAUGUUAUGUAUCAAUUAAAAGUCUGACAUAAAUGGAUCUUCCACUUCUAUGGUUCUAAGCCCCAAAUUUUUACAAUUUUUUUAAUAUCUACCUUCUACUCUUUUAAUGGUCACUUAAUGUUGUGAAAAAAUGUUCAAUUGAUUCUGUAUACUGCAGUAUUUAGUUUCUGAAUGUUUUCCUGUGUUUUAGUUUUUAUAAAGCAUAUAUCUUAAGAGCAUUCUUUUUAGGAAACAGAUACAGUGGUACUUUUAUCACAUAAUAAGUUAAUUAUUAAAGUAAUAUGAAAAAUGGUAAAAUAUCAUAAAAAAGAACUUAUGACCCAUGGUAAACACAUUUCAGAAGAUAUGUAUGGAAAGGCAAGAAUAGCUAAUUGUAGUUGUUGGAAAAUAUGAAGACAAGAUCCUGAUUCUGUACGUUCUGUAGACCUGUGUUUAGCUGGAGCUAAAAUGUCUGACCAGCAUGUUGUUUCUUACAGAAACUUGAGUCUGUUUAAUGCAUAUGGUUCCCUCUCAGGGGGCAGAGUCCAUUAAAGCACUAUAUCCUGAAGGACAGGGUAAACAAGAGCUCCUUCAUUUUUAGAGGGCAGGUUCUUUAUAUUGCUCAGUGUCUCCAGGGAACCUGAAUAGCCUUUCAUUUGGUUAAAGACUGGCAUACUGAAAUGCAGCAUCUCCAAACCAGAGAAGGAGGCUGAAAUUUUUUGCUGUCUUAUGCAGAACUGAGAACACGACUGAUACUACUGGUAUUAAACAAGAAAAAUGGGGAGAGAAGGGAGAGUGAAUGGCAGACACAAUUUCAUAGCUGUCAACCUUCAAACAGUCUCCGCAUUUCUAUUGAUUAUUUCAUUGUAGGGAACUUGUACCUCCUUUCUGCAGCAUCCACUUAACUCUGGAAAAUGUAGAACCUCAAGCUAAGUAGUGACAUGAGGAUGGAGGAGUAGAUGAAUGAGGUGUUUCUGUGAGAGAAGAGGGCAGGAUAGCAGCCUUCUGAAUGGGGCAGCCAUAUUAUUUGUUUUUCCCAACCUUUCUGAGAAGCUUUGCAAUGUGCUCUAAUGAAAUGAAGGCACAUAGAUCUCCUUCCAGUUCAUCAAUACUGCCUUGCAGAUUUGUGUUUAUCCAUCUGUGUGUAAAUACUAUCCUAAUAUCACAAGUCUUUACAGUGUUUUUUUUUCCCUGUUCAUUAUUCAGCUACGUUUCAGAGUAGCUAGCAGUAUGAUGAUACUCCAGAAAUGCUAAGCACAGUUAUGCUUUAGAGUAAUUGUUUAUUCUUAAAACACUGAACAGAACAGAGUUAGGACACAAAAAAAGAGGCACAUUUAGGUACUAGGAACAAGAGGCAGUUAACUGAAUAGUCAAAGAAGUAAAGUGUAAUGAAGUUUGUAAUUAAAUGGCUAUCAAAUUAACUAUUUAACUUACAGCUAAUAGGCCACAUUUUGCUUCUUGUUGUGUAAGUAUAAAACUGGAUUCCAUUGACUUAAGGAAGUUACAAAACAUUUACCUUGCUCUUAUGAGUUUGGCUUUUUGUCAUUGAAAUAAGCCAUUCUCUUAGUAUUUCUCUUUUGUAAAGUGAAAAAUUUGAAUACAGUAAUGAUAAACAUUUUGUAGUUCUGCUACGUAUUCAAAAAAUUAAUCAUGUCUAUUUCCAAUCUGCUGACAAAUUAACUGAACAUUGCUGUAGUAUAGCACUGUAAAAUUUGUCUUGGACCCAUAUUGUCCUGAUUAUAUGGGAAGUCCAUAUAAUCGACAUGUAUAGAUAUGGUUCUUCAGAAUGAUGGACUUUAUGAACAGACAGUAUACCUCUAUUUAUUUCUGUGGACUUGGUCCUAAACCCUUGAAUUAGAUUAAAUACCAAUUAAUAAAAAUUAUAACCUUUGUGGUGUUUUUGCCAUGGAAGAUGCAACUACUUUUACUGCAAUUUUUGCAGUCUUAUGUUUACAGUAUUUUUAAAUUUUACAGUAAACUAUACACCAUGUCAAACAUAAAUGAUUUUUUCUGGUUGGAUACGUGAUUACUGUUGUAUAUCAUGACAUGGUUCUGGGUGACCUUUGGAAAAGGUCUAGAGUGGGAUAAGAUAAAAGGUUGAAAUAAUACUUGUCUAGUUCAGUAUUUCAUGUAAUAAAACAUUUUCUUCUCAUGAUUUCAACAGUAUAUCUGAUUAUGUGAACAUUAGGUUAUUGAAACCUUAUGGUAAUUUUGUACCAAUACUGUGGCAAAAUGUUUUUAUUUGAGGAAGGGGUCAAACAAUUAGAUUGCUUUUGUGACAGACAUCAUAUCAACUUUAUUCAGAAAUGCUUAGAGUAAAAGUACUAAAUUAGAUUCUUAAAAUAAAACUUGGGAGGUGACAAUGUGGUACAGUUUUUGAAUUUCUUAAAAGAGUGUUUAAUUACCAAGUAGAUUAUUAUUUUAACCAUCUGUAAUUUUUUACCAUCUGUAUUUUAAAAAAGAAUUAUGUAUUUGUGUGUGUAUAUGUGUGGAACUGUAUGUGUACAUAUAUAUAAGUAUGCAAAUAUAUAUGUAUGCAUACACUUUAUCUAUAUUUCUUUAAUUAACAUUGUCUUUACUGUGAUGUAAGAAUAUUUCCAUGUGAGUUUUGAAAGCAUUUAGGUUUGUAAUGAAACAAAAGUUCUUCAUAUAGCACAUGUAGUUUAUAAAUGUUAUAUCCACAGUCACCAGAAAGUCAGUCUAGUCCUACAACAUUUCAACUUUAAUAGUAUAGUAAUAUAAAUUUGGGGUUGGAGUUGCUAGGAGCAGAAGUUCAGCUUAAAUGCAGUUUGCAACUAGCUGAAUAUGCAUUGGGGGACAUUAAUAUACCUGUAUUUUAAGCCUCUACCUUCUACAUUUCAUGUACUAUCACGUGACCAAACUGGCCUGAACUUAACUUUGCUGUAACUUCAUUCCCGUAGCAAUUAUUUUGUCCAGUCAAAUGGAUAAAUAGACACGUACCAAAUGUAUUUAUGAGUAUGACAACAGUUCUUACAAAGGUCUGACUAUCAGAUAUCUGAAUUUAGUUUUAAAAUUCUGAAUUCAUAACUGCGUUUAAUAUGCAGUCAUUACUACGUGACAAAGAUUUGUUCUCUUUCUAAAUGCUGAACUUAGGUGGACUGAUCAGGUUUUUAGUUUCAGCUAUAAUAAAGCUGGUAGUCCCGAUGGUGGUUGCUUUCUGCUUAAAAUUAAAGCAGUGUUGUUCACAGCAUUGGUACUCUUCAGCCACGAUACAAUUUUAUAAUUGUAAUUUUUUUAAAAUAUGGAAAAUUAAACAUUUUAAAAGCAUUUUCAGGCUGGCAGUUUGCUAAGAUGAAUCGCAUCUAUCAUUAAUUUUGUCUAAAAUUUAUUAAUAAUCCAAUUAAAAAUAGUUUUGACAUAAUUUUUUUAAGUCAUUCAUACAAGUCUUUAUAAAUGAUGUAAUUAUGUGGUUGCAUGAGUUUAUGUGUAGAUACAUACAGUACUGCACAUUCAGUUAGGUGGUUAUUUGGUUACUUAUAGCAAACCCAAAAGUAUAGGUUACAAUAUGCUUCACAUUAAGCUCAAAAUUCAAGAAUAUGUCCAUUUUUCUGUUUGCAAAUUUAUAAGAAAUGCCUACAUUGACAUCAAAGAAAUUGAACCACAUACGUUCAAAGAAUUAAUAUUCUGCUGAAUCAUUUAUUCUUAAAUAUAAAUAUCUUCCUUUAGUGAUGAUGAAAAGUGCAUCAAAGGAAAAAUUGGCUAAUCAGUGUAUUUGAUGUUUUUGAAGUGAAUGAAAAUCCUGCAAUUGAUUUUGUUUUUUUGAAAGUAUAGAAUGUCUUUACACUUUAUAUUUUUUUCUCUUCCUGUUGGAGACUGUUUAUUAGCAUAAGGAAAAUCCCUGCUGCAGAGGUGUUUCAAAUCUCAAAUGGCAAUAACAUGUCUAUUGGUUACAGCUUUGGCUGUUUCUUAAGGUUGUUUUAUUUUUUCAGUGAUUAAAUUAUGCUUGGUCUUUUAAGGGUGGAUAUUUUUGUUUAUUCCAUCCAAACAUAGCAUGCAAUGUAGUCAAUACUGGUCAUGGAAAUGAUUUAAAAACACUACAUAUUGAUGGCUUCUUAAAGUUUAUAACAUUAAUGUUUAAAAACAUUCUAACUCUUUGAAAUGGAGUUAACAGUGACACAUUUUCUGUUUUAAUUUUCUAUUUCCUUGUCAUUCUUCUUUUCCUACACAUUACUGAAUCAUACUGCCUGCCUUUGCUUUGAAGGCUGCUUUUUAUUUUAUUUUGAGUACAGAGCAGGGAUCUAAGCUAUUGUUCUUCAAUGUGUUUAUUUCUGUUAAAGAAAAAUAUUGUAGUCUUUUAGAUAGCUCUUGAUUUUCUGAGCAGAAUCACAUGGUGUACAUCUCUCCCCUCCAUCUUUCUCCAUUCUUUCACUGUGAGGCAGUGAAGAGGUAUGUUUGAUUUUGUAGCUCUGAUAGCUGAUGUAAAACCUUAAGUAAAAUCCUCAUCAAUGUCAAAGGGAAUUAUGUUUUAGGUAGGGAUUUUUUAAAAAGUUCUGUCUAUAACAUCAUUCAUGUAAACUUGUAACACAAAUACCUACUCACAUAAACAUGCAAUUAUAUAUAUGUGAGUCUGGAGCACCACACAGUAAAAAAUUUUAUUUUUUAGUGGAUAAUUUUUUUAAAUGAACCUUGUCUUAAAAAGAGGAACUGUCUUAUAAUUAGGUAGUGCUUAUAUAAUGAAGCUUUUCAUCAUAGUAAUUUGAAUGGUAAAAUGAACUCAUUAUUGACAAUUUCUGAUCAGGUUUGAAGUGGUCGGUUUUUUUCCUUUUUGGCAUGACUGGUAAUAGCUACCAGCAAAUAAGUGGCAACAUACCAUAAUAUGUUGAACAGUAGGAUCUGUUAGGUUUAUUGUGCAAUAAAUUACUCAAAUUGUAGAAGUCUACUAAUGCGUAUUGUACUAACUGGUAUGUUAAUUCUUCCUUAAGAAUACUUUUUUCUAAAGAAUAAGAAGCUGCUACUCUUUUGAGAAAAGUUUUUAUAUAAAUACAAACAGUGGUUAAGAUAAUGGUUCUAAAUUCACCAAUUUUUAGAAAUAUGAUUGAAUGUAUUUAUGAUGGUUAAUAUUUUUUCAUCCAUACAUAAUUUUACGAUGAAUGUGUUCAAUAAUUUUCGGUAUAUUUUAUAUACUGAAUACUGACUGUAAUUAAAUAUUUCUUAGGAGCUGUUGAA